AUGGAUGACUCACUUGGUAUGACUCCCCUCAUGGUAUCUGCGGUGAUCAAUGAUGUUGUGGGGGUAAGGACGUAUCUAGAUGAGCAUAUGAAACAGACAGAUCAGUUAGGGCGGACUGCACUUAUGUGGGCAGCGAUGCAUAAUCAUGGGGAAACCAUCAAGAUUCUUGCUAGCUUUGAGGCAGGGGUCCAAGAUAAAGACGGCUACACGGCUUUGAUGUAUGCCGCCUCUAAGGGACACACCGAUAGUGUACUCCAGCUUGUUGACGUAGAAGCGCGAAUGAAGAAUAAAAACGGAGUUACUGCUCUUAUGUGUGCAGUGGAAAACCAGCAUGUGGAGAUUGCUACCAUCCUUGCUGCUUAUGAGGACAGACUUCAGGAUAACAAGGGCUGGACCGCACUCAUGCGGGCUGCAAAGAACAACACUCUCGCCAAGUUUCCUUUUCUUGUAGAGCUGGAGCAUUCGAUUGCAGACGGCAAGAAAUGGACCUCAAUGAUGUAUGCAGCAUCUAAGGGUCAUCUUGAGGUGGUUGAGGCCCUUCUCCCCUAUGAAGGUAUGUUGCAAGACUAUGAAGGGAAGACAGCGCUCGUUAUAGCUUCAUUUUUGGGGCAUAAGGCAAUUGUAGAGAAGCUCUACUCCAUAGAAGGCAGCAUUGCAGAUCGCUUAGGGCUGACUCCUAUGAUGUGGGCCGCAGAGAAGGGAUAUCACGAAAUAGUGCACUUUAUGAGCGAAACUCAGGCUCGGUGUCAAGACAAUCGCGGUUGGACCGCCCUUAUGCGAGGCGCACAGAAUGGCUUUGAAAAGAUUGUAGAGAUAUUAGCACCGCUGGAAUCACAGCAGAUAGAUACCAACGGUUUCACGGCCCUGAUGUAUGCUGCCAUUAAGAAUCAGCCUGCGUGUGCCAAGCUACUGGCUCCGUGGGAAAAGGGCUUUCGUAACACUGGGGGACUCACUGCCCUCAUCAUGGCGUCACAGUUUGACCACAACGACGUCAUAGCUCUCCUAGCAGAGCAUGAGGCUAGCAUGUCCUGCUCCAAUGGACGUACAGCAUUGAUGACUGCAGCUAUGCACGGGAACGUAGAGGGCACGCGUAUCCUCGCACCCUUCGAAGCGCGGGCUAGGGACAGCAACGGAAUGACGGCGCUUAUGCAUUCAGUUUAUCUUCACGCCCAAGAUGCAAGGGUCAAGCGUGAUAUCUUGGUAGAACUCCGAUCAGAAAACCUUUAUGAGCUUCAUGCAGAAGUGGCUAGCUGUCUAUAUGAUUUAGAGUGCGGAAUGACUGAUGCUCGGGGAAUGACCGCCUUGAUGCACUCUAUGAAGGAUAAGAAUCUUAUAAUAAUAUCUAAACUAGCAGAAACUGAGCCGAAAAUGAAAGAUCAUGAUGAGAGAACUGCGCUGAUGCAUGCUGCGCUGACAGGAGCCACCGAUGUCGUGACAUUUCUUUCUGAUAGCGAGGCAGGGAUGAAGGAUGCAAAUGGAUAUACUGCAAUGAUUUAUGCUGCACAGCGUAAUCUUCACGAGUUUGUGAAGCGCUUAGCUCCCUAUGAAGCAGGUAUGCAGGACAGGUAUUCCAUGACGGCACUCAUGUGGGGGUUCAAGCUGGGAUUCAGUCAGGUUGUUUCUCAUUUGCUGGAUUAUGAAAGUGGGUAUCAGGAUAAGAGAGGAAUGAGUCUAUUGAUGAUGGCAGCUGCCGAGCCUAAUCAGUCGAUGCUGAAGGAGUUAAUAAUAAAGCAUCGCCUCAGCCUUCAUCACUGCAACCUACCGUCGUCUGCAAGCGAAAUAGGACUGCGCGAUAAUGAGGGCCAGACGGCACUGAUGCAUGCUGCGCUCAGUGGAAAUGAAUCUGCUGUUCAACUACUUCUCCCCUAUGAAGCUGGCCAGCAAACUCCGAGAGGCACAACUGCUCUUAUGCUUGCUGCUAGCCGGGGCCAUAAGGAAAUUGUAGAGCUGUUGGGGCCUAAAGAAAGAACCAUGCAGGACGUAAAUGGUAGGACCGCGCUGAUGUUAGCGCUGCAAAACAAGAACUUUAUGCUCUGCCGGCUGCUUCUUAUGGAGAUCCCUGCACUCGACAAUCGCUACUUGUCUUGUUAUGAGUACGCCAUCGAUAUGCGUGUCAUCGAUUUCAGCGACCUUCUACUUAAUGCUCGUCUUCGUCUAAUGUCACUAAGUAGAUUAUCUUGCUAUGUUUUCUACAACCACAUUUGCAGUGCCUUUGCGCAGCUGAUUCUCCAUAUUCUGAAAUCUAGUUGUAACUCUCUUGCACAAAUAAAGCUGAGAGCAAGUGCAAAUUUGUCUCUGCUUGAGCAGCAAGUCUCUGAUGCUCUUAAUGGCUCAGAUACAGGCUUGGAUGUUGCAUCAGUCCAGGUCGAGGUCCUCUCAGAUGAGUCUUUACUUCUCAAUGUGAUGAACCCUUGCGACCUUAAAAACCUGGAGGUACUGUUUGAGAUUUGCUCGUCAGUUAUGUUCGAUGAUCUGGACCUCGCAACACAACUCCCAGUUCAUCCGGUAUUAACCAUAAAUUCAGAUGAGUGUGUUGAAGGGAAUAAGGAGUCCUCACAAUCACCGAUGGACACGUCCUCUGGAGUAGCCAAUGAAUCAACUCAAACAAUGCCUAUAAGCUUAGCAACCCAGGAACUAUCGCACUCCUUUCAGUAUCAUACUCGGACCGUCCGAGAGAAGCUUUCUGAAUAUAUGAACGUUUAUAACUCCUUUCUUCAUGCUGAUUUGUCCCAGGUGGACACCGCAUGCAUCAUAUGCAUGUCCUGGGCUGUCGAAUGCAUUUUCAUUCCUUGUGGUCAUGCCUGCUGUUGCCGGUAUUGCCUUGAGUUUUCUUCUCACAGGUGUCCGAUAUGCCGCUCAGAAAUUAAAGAUUUUCUAAUGCUUCCGUGCGAGGGUGCUAACCGUGAAGAACUCUAA